CGUAGCCCCAAUCUCCGUCUGUCAGAGCGUAUGGGUCGCCAUUGUUACCUCUUCUGAUUUCUGGGUUUGCUUGGAGCGGAUGCACGGCUCCUUGUCGGGGGGGCAGCCCUCCCUUGCCCUCAGCGAGUUAUCUACCACUCUGCCGGGCGUUCGUAGAUAAAGCGGGGAAGGUCCCGAGCUGGGACUCCAGCCCAUUCCGCCAUGAGCAAACGGAAGGCGCCGCAAGAGACUCUCAACGCGGGCAUCACCGACUUCUUGACGGAGCUUGCAAAUUAUGAGAGAAAUGUGAAUCGAGCAAUCCAUAAGUACAAUGCUUACAGAAAAGCAGCCUCUGUGAUAGCCAAGUAUCCAAGCAAAAUAAAGAGUGGAGCAGAAGCAAAGAAACUGGAUGGAGUAGGAGCAAAAAUUGCUGAAAAGAUUGAUGAGUUUUUAGCUACUGGAAAACUACGUAAACUGGAAAAGAUUAGGCAGGAUGAUACAAGUUCUUCCAUCAAUUUCCUGACAAGAGUUAGUGGUAUUGGUCCAUCAGCAGCAAGGAAGCUUGUAGAUGAAGGGAUUAAAACAUUGGAAGAUCUUAGGAAAAAUGAAAAUAAAUUGAACCACCAUCAGCGAAUUGGGUUGAGAUAUUUUGAAGACUUUGAGAAGAGAAUUCCCAGAGAAGAGAUGUUACAAAUGCAAGAUAUUGUUUUGAAUGAAAUUAAGAAAGUUGAUUCAAAAUAUAUUGCUACAGUCUGUGGAAGUUUCCGACGUGGUGCAGAGUCAAGUGGAGAUAUGGAUAUUCUCCUCACCCAUCCUAGUUUCACUUCUGAGUCAACUAAACAGCCUAAGCUGUUGCACCAAGUUGUAGAACAACUGCAGAAAGUCCACUUCAUCACAGAUACUUUGUCCAAGGGAGACACAAAGUUUAUGGGUGUUUGUCAGCUAUCAAGUGAAGAUGAAGAAGUUGCAUAUCCAUAUAGAAGAAUUGAUAUCAGAUUGAUUCCCAAGGACCAGUAUUAUUGUGGUGUUCUUUACUUCACUGGCAGUGACAUUUUCAAUAAGAAUAUGAGGGCCCAUGCCCUAGAACAGGGUUUCACAAUCAAUGAGUAUACAAUCCGGCCCUUGGGAGUCACUGGAGUUGCUGGAGAGCCGCUCCCAGUGGACAGUGAAAAAGAUAUAUUUGAUUAUAUUCAAUGGAAAUACCGAGAACCUAAGGACAGAAGCGAGUGAUACCUUUGUCAGUGCCACGAACCACCAUAUAGCAAUCUUUAGUUCUUGAACUUACGACGUAAGAAUUCUUACUGUUUAUAAAUGAUAGCUUCCUUUUCACUCUUUUAGGCUUGUGAUCAUUAAAAUAUCCAGCACAA